CACCAACACCAACACCAACACCAACACCAACACCAACACCAACAGGCCUAUCCGCAUCCCGCCGGAGGAACAGCACCACCACCUCCACGAAGAGAUUCAGCAUCUACCACGACUUCAGGUGGACACUUGAUGGAUGGCGACUAUUCAACGACACCACAACCUAUGUUAGCGUCGUCGUCCGCCCCUGCCUCCGGCUCAGCCUCAGCCUCAGCGAUAGGAGCUCAGAACCCUUCUUCUGCGUCUAACGGUGGACCUCAACAACAUGGCGGUCCUCAUCCAAGUAACGGUGGUGGACCUGUAAUAACAUCUUCUACUUUCACCUUUGAUCCAACUCCUUCCAGUAAUGGUUUUUCCAACCUGUCCUCUUUCCCCAUCUACCACCCCGGUGUUGUGCACCCAGACACCUCUGGCCCCCUAGGAUCAUCACAACCGUAUACCUCAGGUCAAUCCUCCAAUUCCAGCCUUCACAAUCCUUUCCAGAUGGGGCUACCCACAUCUUCGACUAGGACGCGAAGGGAUUCAGGUCCAGACGGCUCGAGCGGGUACAAUAACGAACAUGGACGGCAGGAUGGUCGUGAUAGUAUGCGGUAUUAUCGCGCUCCCCCACAGGGUUUGAAUGGAAACGGUGUUGGUGGACCGCCAUUCAUGCACCACUACGGGGAUUCUCACAAUCUGCACGUUGCCAGUCAACCCGGUCAACCUGGUCACUUGGGUUUAUCGGCAAUCCCUAUGACUGCACCCAUUCACUCAAAUGACUGGCGACAUCAUCCCUCAGCACCUCUUCAGUCGUCUUGGAGCGGGUCAAAUAAUGGCGGUAUAAUCCAUUCGGCCAUUCCCACCCGAAGGAGCACCCUCUCAGGUACCGGCAUGAGUCCGACCGCAUACGAGAGUGAUGGAGAUGAUCCCUACAGCGACACUCCAGCGGUGUCACGACGGAAAUCAGAAGGUCAAGCAAUGGAAGGUCUCAGACCUAUGAAAAAGGGAAGGGUGGGCAGACCUCCAAAGCAGGCACAGUCGAAACAGAAGACGACGACGACGACAACGACACCGACCACGACCAUAGGGCACAAACAAUCGGGCUCGAAAAAGGCGAGAGUAUCAUCCUCUUCAGCUGCCACGUCUCCGGUGAAGAAGGAGGACGAGGUGAAAGUUGAGGAUGAGGAUGAAGACGGAGAACAGGAGGAUGAGGAAGAUCAUGAAGAUGAGCUCCGGGCAGUGGGAGAUGCUCCGGAGGAAGAGGAAAAGAUGGAUCACAGGAAGAGGAAACGGAAUAGAACCAUACGAAGUUGUGUCCCGUGUCAUAAUCAUAAGCGCAAGUGCGAUAGGAGAAGGCCGUGUGGACGAUGUACAGCAUUGGGGCUAACUGGAACAUGUGUCUACGAGGUCGACGAUAUCCGAGCCAUGUCUGAUCCAACUGUGGCCGAGUCUGAACGGCUCCGACGUCGCAUAGCCGAAUUGGAGAAAGUCGUCCGCGAGCUGAGGCAGCGUCAACCCAGCAGAGCAGCCACAGCAGCUGCUGCAGCCGCAGCGGCAUCGACAUCGGCGUCCGCGGCGGCCAACUCUUCAGGUCCACCGACCGUUGCAGUUUCCACCCCGAAUGGAACGACAGACUCAAACCAGCCUAAUGGCAGUGGUGCUGGGGAUACCAAGAAACGCCGAGUCAUUGUUGAUCGAUACGCGCGUCUCAAAAUGGGCGAAGUGGUCUCGUUGGCACAUGAAGCUGGGGCAGUGACGGACGGUGAAGGUCCAGAAGGUGAUGCGACGCCAAAUGGACACGCUCGAAGAGGUUCAAAAGACGAUGGCGAGCCGGGUCAGGAUCGGCAUGGAUCAGUCGGAGCAGGAGGUGAAAAGAAGGACUACUGGGCAGAACCGUACACGACGUACUUUUUACCCGGGGAAGAAAUGGUCGAAGAUAGAAUUGGGAGAAGAACGUUUCUUGGUGCUUCGGCUGGAAAGUCGAUGCUAAGGAGGCUUCGCGAGAUCACGCGGGAUGGGACCGUCGGCGAAGAUUCAGACCUCUUGAGUAUACCUGAAGAAACGGCUUUUACGGGAGUCUUUCCGGAUCUACGCAAGACGUUUCCAUUCACCACGAUCUGGAGUCAUGAGAAUUUCUCUGGGGAGAUUAUCGGUCUCUUACCGGAUAAGGAGCAGUCUGAAAUCCUCCUCGCGACGUGGGAAGAGGAAGUUUCAUCCUACUUCCUCGCUUGGCAUGUGCCUUCUCUCAAAGGCGAAUUUCGACGAUUCUUCGCCAUGACAACCGCGGAGAAGAUGAAUGUUCCUCUUUCAAGUCUCUCAUUAUUCUUGAUGAUCUGCUCUUUGGGAUGUGUGAUGCGAGCGACUCGAUCAGAAAUAUUUGGGCAUCCCGAUUCUAACGGCAGGGAAGAUGAACCUUCGCCAAAGACCAAGGACCCAAAAGAUAUAACGAGCAGUCGGCUUCAGAGCGAGUUGUAUCUCUCUGGCGCAUACCAAGCGCUGCGUCUCUGUUCCUUCUUGUCUAACCCCAGCGUUGCGUCGAUCCAAGCUCAGAUCCUCGUCAAUAUCUAUCUGUUCAACUCUGAGCGUGCUGCGGACGCUUGGGCUCAGACUGGAUCUCUGGUCCGUCAAUGCAUCGCCAUGGGUCUGCACGUCGACCCUGCAAGACUCGACGCCAAGAUAUCGCUUCGAGAUGCCGAGGUUCGACGUCGGAUCUGGUGGACCGUUGCUGGUCUUGACGCCCUUCUUUGCGUUUCGUUUGGUCGACCGAGCGUCAUCAACUUUUACCAGACUAGUCUACCUCAAGAUCGAACGGAUGAUAAUCUGUCAGACUCACCUGGGACAGGUCAGCGUCUCUUGCCGCCUUCAAAUGUCUUGUCAAACGAGACGACUGAUAUGACGUAUCAUGCUGCCUAUUUCCAACUGACCAUCCCCUCGUAUGAGCUCUUGGAUCGCAUCUUUCAUGUCGAUCGGACAUUCUCCCGAUCGGCCAUUUACGGUUGGUUCUCCCCUUCGCCAGAUGGACAAGAAGGAGUAGAUAAUGGCAAAGAAUCUGGGCACACGUACGAGGGUGCCAUGCGCUUGGCCAACGAUAUCAAUCAAUGGUAUGCGCAUAUUCCUCGUGACAUGCGAUUUGAACCGGAGGAAGACACUGCCGAGACGUUGAAAGCGUUAUCUCCCAGACGAGUCAAUCAACGAUUGAUCUUGUGUUCAAAGACUUUUAUGAUCGUGAUGGUCCUGCAUCGACCGUACCUUCGUGCGGAUCCAGCGGCAUAUCCUGAAUCCUCAGAAAUCUGCUAUCGAGCAGCUCAUCUGGUCCUGUCUGCGUACAGAGUUGGAGCAGGUGCAGGCGCCAGCUCGUUGUGGGUUUGGUGGACCGUCUCGUACAGAGCCUUCCACGCCGGGGCCGUGUGCGCUUUUCUGGCAAUCAGGCAACCUGGGACGGAGCUAGCCCGACGUUGUAUGGAUGAUCUCCGUGGAGCCAUUGCAGUCAUUGAAGGGCGGAUGACGGCUUGGAAGAAUGCGCAUCCUGUCCAAGCCGAUCUCCGGGAUGGUCUUAUCAAGCUUGAGCAGCUUGCAACCGCGGCGACACGCCAAAAAUCUAGUCCGACAAGUAGUAAACUGAGUAAUGACACGCCUCUUACGUUUAACCCCAACCUGCUUUCGGCGGGAUGGCAAUCCCAACCUCACGACGCGUCUUAUCCCAUGGCCAAUAUCGACAGUCAUCAUCUGUUCCACCCUGGAGCACCGACCAUGGGUGCUUUGCACCCUUCAACGCCCCUCUCUGAGAUCAGAGGGUUCCCCGAUUUACCCGUCACGUCUCCCGGUGUGGGAGUAAAUGGUGUUCCGAGCCCGAACCCGGGCUAUCCGAUGAUUUCUGGGGAUACGACAUUGAAGCAGGUCAUUCCGUCUCUGGGUGGCGGCGCUGUCAGUGCGAGUUAUUCCGGAUCAGAAUAUCCAUUCCAAAGUGAUUCAUUGGCGACCAACGAAGCGGUCUCUCUACCUCAUUUCUGGGCAUCCAUGUUUGGUAUUCGCAUGGACAAAGAGAAUGGUGAGAUCCAUGAGAAUGGAGGAGUGAGUGGGUCGAGUGGACCUCCAGGCGGUGGAGGAGGAGGUGGAGGAAGAGGACAAGAUGAUGGAUCUAUGAUUCCAGUUCCGAAUCACAUGUAGCGAUUAGAAUAACAAAAUCAAACACGAAAAUCUUUGUUUCAUCAAGGAGAUAUGGUCAGGGUGAUGAGGGAUCUUGUACUAGUGGUAGUGGUUGAGGGGGGAAAUGUCAGGUUGCAUUUUGGAUGCGACCAUGGUGACCGCCACACAGGUGAAUCAAAGAGAUAUCCCCCCUUGCCCGAUUCCGGGCAAGGGGGAUAAUGUAGCGAGGCAGGAGGGAGGGUGAUAUGCUGAGCUGGUCGAAGACCGAGACAUCAAGUAUGUUAACCAUCCCUCUUGCAAAGCGGCAGGUCGAGCAGGACCCGGGAUGUGAUAUUCUAUCUGCC